AUGCGUGGGGGAUAUAUUCAACGAGGCCGUGGCGGUAUAUUCAUCCCCAAUCAUAAUUUUGGCAACGAUGGCGGCGUCUCGGGGUCUCCUUCGGAUACACUCAGCAUCCGCAUCACAGAAAUUCAUCAACCCGUAACUGAGGAAGUCAUGAGACGGGUUUUUGAUAAAGUGGGCGCCGCGAUUCAGAACAUUGUCAUUUCCCCUUCGAAUUCCCGCAGUGAAGCGAACGUUGUGGUCCGGUUUGUGGAUACCUUCUCCGCGGAACGUGUGAUGUCAAGUCUGAAUAACCGAAACAUCUUCAACAACGCCAACAAGAUGUCCAUGACGUACAUGCCGUCCUCUGCCGACAUAAUGUUGGGUGGGGAGAUGAACCGUGGCAACAACGCCGUCCUCGCCUUGCCCACUGAGGCCUACGGGGGCGCCCAGGGGAUGGGGAUGUUCCACCAACCCCAGCCCCUCCCCUACCCCUCAACCUCCCUCCUCAUGCCCAAUGGCGGGCCCAACGCGAACUCCAUCAUGGGGAUGUCCUUCCUGCCCAACCCGUCCCUCCCGCCGCGAGGAGGGUACGGCCCGAUCAGUGACUCCAGCGCCGCCCCCUACACGCCGUAUCCCCCUCCGACGGGGCCCAACGCGUACCACGCGCCCCCGCAUGGGGGGAUGCGAGGAGGGGGAGGGGGCCGUCGAGGGGCCGGGCGCGGUCGCGGCGGCGGGGCCCUUGAGGCUGGAGGGGCCGGCUUCAACCCGAUGGGCGCCCCCUCGUCGAUGGGGAUGCCGCCCUUCCUCGGCCUGAUGCCCUUCCCCGGCGGGCCGCUGAUGGGGGGCCCGGGGAUGCCCUUCGUCGCGCCCGUCCCCGCCAGCACCGUCUACCUCAGCGUCACGGUCGUCCCGAUGACGGAGCCGCUGCAGUCGAUUUUCGUCCUCAUUGAGGCCUACGGCGGGGUCGUGUCGAUGCGACGCAACCAAAAGCAGAAGGAGAUACUCACGGUGAAGAUGGCCACCCCGGCUGACGCGGAUGCGGUCACUCGCUUCCUUCAUCGCAUCCCGUUUGCGGGCGGCACCGUCAGCGCGAAGAAGUUCCCAACCUACAUCGAACGGAACCCGUGCACCGACGACGGGGAUCCACUGGAUCCGGAAACGACGCAGUUUGACUUCACCGCGGCUCGGCAUCGGAGUCCAGGCCAGCGCAGUACGCAUGCUCCCACCAACUUUGUCAAGAUCACCGGCUGCGCGAAUUAUACCGAGUCUGACCUCAUGACCUACUUCAACAGUCAAAAUUUCUUCCCGGAAAAUAUUUCCACCGAUAGUGAGGGUGUCUUCUGGGUGCAUAUGAGUGACACGGAGACUGUUGUUAAGCUUCUGAUCACCUGUCAUGGGAAUGUGUGCGGCGAAGAGCGAUCGAACGUAAUCUUCGUGGAUGCUCCAAAAUAG